AUGGAGGAUACACUGGCUCAAGUAAAGAGCCCUAAAGACACUGCCAGGUCAGAUAAUUCACUGGAACAAACUAUUGGUCAGGAUGUAUCUGCAAUUACCCACACUUUCAUCAAGAUUAUUCUCAAGGAAACAGAUGAUAUUGUUCUCUUCGAGAAUCCUAGUGAGACUGUGCCAAGGGACAGCGAGGAAGCUGCAGCUGUUAUUUCAGCCAAUGAGAGAUAUGAGUAUUUGACCAAGGGAAAAGGAAGAAAUCGUCGGACCACAAAUUCUGAAACCCAAACAGUGGACUGUCUUUACAAAUCUCGUGCCGUGAAUACUGAUCGGAUCAAACAGGAAAAUAUUGGGACUUUUGUUUCCAACUACGAAAUGUUUGAUACCUACGAAGAUCUUGCAAGAUCUACUCAGAGUCUGGAGGUCAGUGAUGAGACGAAAAUUGUGGUGACUACUUAUGCAAGGGAAGGAGAAGAUGAUCUUGGACAGUUUCUCAAUACUUCAGCCAAUUUCCGGCAUUCUGCUAUGAUCAUCCAACGUCUUCUAGCCGGUAACGUAUUCCGUGAGAAGCAGAAACGUUUUCGAAAUAUGUAUUUGCCAGAUCCUCUGGCCAUGGAUGUUAAGUACCACUAUACUUUGGAGAAACUAUGGUCUUAUCAAUGGAUUGCCUUAUCUGGUUAUGCAGUAACGAGUUUUAGCUGGUGUGAGACUAACAGGGACAUUUUGGCUGUUGGAUAUGGGCUUUUCUACCUAGAACCAAACCAAGAACAGCCCGAUGAUGGAUAUGUUUGCAUUUGGAGCAUAAAGAAUCCCGUAAAUCCAGAGCGGAAAUUUAAAUUUAAUGCUCCUGUUACUGCUCUUGCUUUUUCUCCAUUUUACCCACAAAUGCUCGCGGUGGGUCUUUACGAUGGAAGCUUGGAAAUCAGGGACUUUACUGAUGAAUAUGGGACCUUAAUAACUUCAACAGAUCGGGAAAAUUCCCUUGGCUUUGAGUCCAUCUGGCAGAUUAACUGGCUACCAGGGGAAGGAAUAUUUAGUGAAUAUGGCCAAUUGCUGACCAUCUCUGUAGAUGGGAGAAUUAUGAAAUACUCCUUCACAUCUGGUCCUUAUUUGUCUGGCAUUCAACUCUUACGAUUGAGUCGCGUUGAAGGAGUUGUUGAAGGUCUACCUAUAGCAAAGAAGAAGGAUCUAAUGGAAGCUUAUCGCCACCCGCAAGCUCUUUGCCUGAGAAUUCAUCCAUUACGACAUCAUAUCUACUUUGUAGGUACAGAUGAGGGUUGCUUGCAUACCUGCUCCCUCAACUACCCUCAGCAUCAUGUGGCAGUGUGUCAGGUUCAUAAGGGGUCCGUAUAUAGUAUCGAAUAUUCUCCUUGGAGCCCUAAAAUUUUUCUAACUUGUGGCAGCGAUUGGUGUAUUCGAGUUUGGGUUGAAGGUAUCUUUAAGCCCGUGAUUGAGCUCUCCAGUGGCUUCAAUGCCGUUAAUUGUGCUUUUUGGAGCCCAAUUCAUGCAACCAUUAUCGCUAGUUGCAGCAGAGAUCGCGUUGAACUCUGGGAUAUUCGUCGAAAGACUCUCAAACCUGCUUCAACGCACACAUUUGAUAGUGCACCCCUUACGAAAAUCAAAUUCUCAAAGUGUGGUAGAUCUCUGAUCGUGGGCACAGCAGAUGGCACAGUUCAUGUAUGCGCAUUAGAGAAUAUGCCCUUCCCACCCCAUUUUCAAUACAUUGAGCUUCAGAAGGCAAUCUAUGGUGCAAUUAGUGGAGAUCUCUUUGACCAAGUUAAAAGUCUUGGACAUCUGGGCUACCCUACGGAGAAGAAAAAACGCCCUACUUCUGGUAGCACGUGAUCUGCCUCAUCUUUAUUCAAACCACGCAGAAUGGUCGAGUCUAAAGAAAAGUGCGGAAGCAACAUUCUCUC